CCUACCAUUUGGGGAGAUUAUUUCCUUGUGUAUACUUCUAAUGAUAUAUUGGCCCACGAAGAGCAAGAACGUCAAAGAUUAAAAGAUGAAGUGAAAAUGUUGCUAACAGCUGCUCCAGAUGGUUCGGUGUAUAAACUAGAUCUCAUCGAUGCAAUCCAACAUCUUGGAGUUGGUUACCAUUUUGAAAUAGAAAUUGAAAAAUCUUUAAAAUACAUCUAUGAAACUUAUCGUGAAAGUCACAAUAAACAAAACAAUGAUCUUCGUGCUAUUGCUCUUCGAUUUCGGUUAUUUAGACAACAAGGAUAUUAUGUCUCAUGUGAUGUGUUCAACAAAUUCAAGGACAGCCAAGGAGAAUUUGAGGAUUCUUUGAUUCGCGAUGUACCAGGGAUGUUAAGCUUGUACGAGGCUGCACACUUUGGAGUACACGGGGAGGAAAUUUUAGAAGAAGCAUUGAAGUUUUCUACCUCUCACCUCGGAUCCAUGAUCCACCAGGUGAGCAAUUGUCUCUCCAGACAAGUUAGUGACACCUUGGAGAUGCCGAUUCAUAAAACUUUGACAAAGCUCGGAGUUAAGAAAUUCUUGUCCAUUUACCAAGAAUCCGGUGAAGACAUUCUCCUGAAUUUUGCAAAAUUAGACUUCAACAUAGUGCAGAAGAUGCAUCAGAAGGAGCUAAGUGACAUUACACAGUGGUGGAAGGCUUUAGAGUUUGGAAAAAAAUUUCCUUUUGCAAGAGAUAGGCUGGUGGAAUGCCACUUUUGGAUAUUAUGUGUCUACUUUAAGCCCCAAUACUCUCUUUCAAGGAAAAUUCUAACCAAAGUAAUCACAAUGGCUUCUACUAUUGAUGACAUCUAUGAUGUUUAUGGCACCCUAGAUGAACUUAAACUUUUCACAGAUGCCAUUGAAAUGUGGGAUUUUAGUGCCGUAGAUCAAUUACCAUCGUACAUGCAAUACCUUUACAAAUCUCUUUUAGAUGUUUAUCUCAAAUCUGAGAAAGAGUUAGGAAAAUCGUAUCGUGUUCACUACGCGAUUGAUGAGAUGAAAAAAUUAGUCCAAGCAUAUUUCAAAGAGGCAAAAUGGACGUACAACAAAUGUACUCCAAAACUUGAAGAGUAUAUGAAAGUUGCACUAGUAUCCAGUGGCUACAUGAUGCAAUCUACAAUGUCUUUGGUAGGUAUGGGGGAGCUGGUAACUAAGGAAGCCUUUGAUUGGAUUUCAAGUGAACCAUUAUCAGUUCGUGCUUCAUCAAUUAUUGCUAGACUAAUGGACGAUAUGGUUGGACAAGGGUUUGAGCAAAAAAUAAUGGCAGUUGAAUGUUACAUAAAAGAGAAAGGAGCUUCAAAAGAAGAUGCAUUUGCUGUAUUUCAAACACAAGUCAUGAAUGCAUGGAAGGAUAUAAAACAAGAAUCUAUCAAUUCAGAUGUAGUACCAAUGGCUGUUCUCGUACAAGUAGUCAAUCUUGCACGUGUCAUCAAUCUUAUAUACAAAGACGGUGAUGGAGACACAAAUUCUAAAACAAAGUUGAAAGAUUUCAUAACAGCGAUACUCAUUCAACCAGUGACAAUAUCCAAAUGA